AUGCACUACGGGACCACCAGCGUCGCCGUGGACGCCAUGAUCAUGUUGGUGCACGCGACCACCAACGUCCUGCGAACGCAAUCGCCAUGUCAAGCGCACAACACGCGGCAAUGCACGCCUGCCAAGCUGCUCGGAUCGACCUCCUCUUCCUCCUCCAGGCCCUCCUCAACAUCGCCGGCGACGACGGCAUGGGGGAGACGACGGCGGCGGCUGCGGAAGUCGACCCCAACGAAGGCGGAUCCUCCUCAGCAUCCCAGGCUCCUCCUCCUUCAGAGCAAGCAAUGUACACAGAUCAGCUGUGUUUCAAAUUACAGAGCAAGCAAGCAAGGCACUGGAGAUGACCAAAUUACAGAGCCCUGUACUUCUUCUCACCAGCAGCAGCACGAGAAGGGGAGCUCCGGCGGCAGCACACGAGCAGGGGAGCUCCGGGCGGCAGCACACGAGAAGGGGAGCUCCAGGCGGCAGCACGAGCAGGGGAGGAGCAGCAAGUUGCGGAGAAGCAGCAGAAGGGGCUCCAUCUUGAGGUCUAGGACCGCGAAAGAGCUUGAGGAUGAGCUUGAGGGAGCUCGUGGUCCAGGCGGAGCUUGUCCAAGCGCUCGAGACCCAGCCGCACGCGAGUACUGGGCGGCGGCGGCGCAGGCCCUGCGAGGAAGGAGGGGAUAUCGUGGGCGCAGGUACUGGGCGGCGGAGGAGCACGUCCUGUGCGGCGAUGGAGCAAGCAGGGCGGCGCAGGUCCUUGGCGGCGGAGGAGCAUGUCCUGUGCGGCGACGGAGCAAGCAGGGCAGCACGGGUCCUAGGCUGCGAAGGAGCACGUCUAGUGCGGCGGCGGAGCAAGCAAUUGGGCGGCGCAGGUCCUGGGCUGACGACUGGCCCUGGUGACACGCGCCGACGACGGGCGGAGGAAGAAGGAAGGAGACGCGACCUGUAUGGCGACCUGUUUGUAACAAAUUUGAAGUUAUGAGGGUGUUUUUGAAAAAUUGGCAUUACACUACGCUGUGGACAACUUUUCCCGGACGGAGGGAGUAGGUAGGAGGCAACCCUUUCACCUAUUUUUUCUUUGUUCUGUUUAGCACAUGGAUACUUAAAAGGAUUGGGAGGAGGUGGCGUAAAAAGUAAGAGAAAGGAAUUCAACAAGUGAUGAUAGGAGAAUAAAGUAUACUUCAAGGAUUUGA